AUGGCUCUUGUGAUGGUGGUUCUGAUGAAGACGCUCGCCGCGGCUUGCACUUCCUUCUGGCUUCCGCUCUCUGCUCCACCGCCGAUCACAGAGCCAUUCGACGUCUCAAAGCCUCGAAAGUCACCGCCGAUCACAGAGCUGCCACAACUGCCGCUUCCACCUCCACCACCCACCUUCCUGUCACCAAUCACGGCCUCCAAUGAGCCCUUCAAGGCCCCCAAGCCCGUAAAGUCGGCUCCAAAGUUGCCCUCAAAGCCACCGUCUCCAUCGAUUGAGCUGCCGCCGAUUCAGCUGACACCGCAGCCGCUUACAACACCCCCACCACCCCUUUGA